AUGCUGGCCGUGAUGACAGACACUGCGCCAUUGGCGCGGUUCAUGUCCGGGCAUGACAACUUUGCCGCGGCUUUUCAGAAGGACAAUGUGGACAUGGAACUGCUGCACCAGCACCAGCAAACAGCCCUAGAGCAGCUGAAGGCCACCGCCGAGGCAGCAAAUGCGGCAGAUGAGGAGCCCAGCCCACCAGCAGAGGAGUUGGAAGAGGUUCAGGCGGCAGCUGUGCUUGCUGUCUUGAGCCCCGGCGGCGGCAAGCGGACAAUCAGCCGAGCUGGUGACCCAUUGCAGCCGUGCGAGCUGAACAUGGAUGCAGCCCUCGUGGAGGAGGUGGCUGCACCAGCCCAGCAGCAGCACCAGCAGUUCCACCACCAGCAGCAGCAACCUAGCAUGCCACAGCAGCAGGGCACAGCUGCCCAGCAGGAGCAGCAACAGGGCAUGCUGCCGAGCAUGCCGCAGCCGCACGGCACAGCUGCCCAGCAGCAGCAGCAGCAGCAGCAGCAGCAGCAGCAGGGCAUGCUGCCAAGCAUGCCGCAGCCGCACGGCAUUGCUGCCCAGCAUCAACAGGGCAUGAUGCAGCAGCAGGGCACAGCUGCCCAGCAGCAGCAGGGCAUGCUGCCAAGCAUGCCGCAGCCGCACGGCAUUGCUGCCCAGCAUCAACAGGGCAUGAUGCAGCAACAGGGCACAGCUGCCCAGCAGCAGCAGGGCAUUCUGCCGAGCAUGCCGCAGCCGCACGGCACAGCUGCCCAGCAGCAGCAGCAGGGCAUUCUGCCGAGCAUGCCGCAGCUGCACGGCAUUGCUGCCCAGCAUCAGCAGGGCAUGCUGCAGCAGCAGGGCACAGCCGCCCAGCAGCACCAGCAGCAUGGGGGGAGCACAACACACCUUCACCCUCUGUCUCAAUCGAUGAUGCAAUCCGUCCCUAUGCACCAGCAGUUCCUACCACCCAUGGGCCCCGCAGCGGCAGCCUUGCCGACAAGCUUCCUCAUGGAGCAGACGCUCAACAUGGCAGCACCAUACCAACACGUGCUGGGUGGCGACGGCUUCGGCAUGCUGGCUAACUCGGCAUCCAUGAGCCAGUACCAGCCCCACCUGGUACACCGGAUGGGCCCUGGAGCAGCAGCGCAACAGCUGUUCAUGGGGCGGCAGCAACCUGCCCUUCACCCGCACCCGCAGCAUGCCAUGCUUCAGGGGCUGCUGCUGCCUAGAGCAUCUGAUGGCAGUUACAUUGGCAGCUUUGUCGGCAGCGCACCUGCAGCUAUAGGCGGGGCUGGCGGCAGCAGGGGCAGCAAAGGCGGCUCUGGCGAGGACAAUGGCGGCGGCAGCGGUGCAGACGGCAGCAAGGAGGGACAGAGGAAGGCUCGGAAUGGCUCGCGGCGGCGGCUGCCGCCACAGCGGCGAGACCUCCCCACACUGGCUCACUUUGAGCAACUGGGGGGGCUGCCUGCGAUCUACGAGUGGUGGACCAAAGACUUGCUUGACAAUGGGAUGAGUCGGCAGGAGACGGAGGAGCAGGAGCAGGCCUGCAACCCAGCUGCGAUGCCAGAGUGGCGCUCAGGGAUCGACAAGCGACGCUUCAAUGAGGUGAAUAAGCUCAUCACCUACAUCGAGGAGCAUGCGGCCACCCUGCAGCAACAAACCAAGCAAGCGGUAUCCCGAAUGGAGAUGGCUCGACAACUGGAGAAGGAGCGGCAAACUGCAGCUAUCAAGCAUGGCGGCAAGCAGAAGAAGCAGACCCUGAACUCCCUGUUGAAGCAGCUGCAGAAGCAAGGUGGCAAGGCCAAGAGGGCUGCAGCUGCAGCAGCAGCGGAGCAGCACAGCAGCGGCAGGGAGAGCGAGCAUGACGGCAACGAUGUAGGCGGCGACUAG